AUGGGACUCUGUCGCAUCGCAUCAUGCUCGCAGCCUUCACAACUCACUUUCUCUCCGGUAGCUAUAUUCGUUGCGACCCUCCUGCCUCUCUCCCUCAUCUCCUCUUCCCAUGCUCGAAGCAUCCUACAUCUUGGUACUUAUUCGAGUUCUAGCGCGCUAAGUGAUUUUUCUGCCCACGCCGCUACUGACAUAGUCGCUAAAAACAACAUUCUUGCCGGCCGGAGAGCCAAAGCCGUUAGAUUUGACGAGCCGACAGAAGCCGACGCGGAAUUCGAGUCGGCGAAACCUCCUGCGAUAAACGACAAGCCGUUAAUCGGCAUUCUCUCGCAGCCGGGCGACGGCGAUGGCGGGAAAGCGCCACGGUUCAACUUGAACCAGGCGGUUGAUACGCCGUACGAUGAGGGAUCGUACGGCGGGGCGGAAGUCGGGCGACACAGGGCAGUUGACACGAACGUGUCGUACAUUGCCGCCUCGUACGCCAAGUGGGUGGAGAGUGCGGGCGCACGACCCGUUCCGUUGCUGCACGACGAACCGGUGGAGGUACUUCGUCAGAAAUUCGAUAUGAUCAACGGUCUGCUGAUUCCCGGCGGAGGGACCGACUUGGUGCCUGGGCCUUUCAUGUCUACAGUGCAACUGCUUCUACAGUGGGCCAAGGAGGCGAACGAUCGAGGCGACUACUUCCCCGUGCAAGCCACGUGCAUGGGGUUCGAAGCCAUGGCGAUUGUUAUUAGCGAGGACCCGAACCUGCUGGAACUGAGGCACUUCAGUGCGUUGGAUUUGGCCUCUCCGCUCAAAUUCGUGGGCAACUGGGUGCACCGCAGAAGCUACUUCUCCUGGAUGUCUCCGGAUUUGGCUGCAAAGGUGCAAGAGCUCCCUCUCACCAUGGAGAACCAUCAGGACGGCACCACGGUGCAUCGCUUUCUCUCCAACAACAAGCUGAGGGAUUUCUUCUUUGUUCUCACCACCUCGUUCGAUAAGAAUGGACUGGAGUAUGUGACAACAGUGCAGGGAAAGCGGUAUCCCUUUUAUGGCACGCAGUGGCAUCCAGAGAAGAAUGCAUACGAGUGGGGGUUGGACCACAUACCCCACGGAGCACAUGCCAUAGCUGUGGGUCAGGCAGCAGCCAACUUCUUUGUCAAUGAGGCUCGGCGCAACACCCACUCUCCAGCCUCGGAUGAGAGCAUGAACGACAUGCUUCUGUACAACCACUCUCCCGUGUUUGCCGGCAAGAAUGG